AUGCAUCCGUCAAGAGCACUCCGGUCACACGGCCAGGAGCACAAUAUCACCGGGUUCGACAUCAAGGCCCUGCACAAAGCGAGCUCUCCGCCGCGGUACGACCCGUGGGAGCGGUACGAGGCCUGGCGCUACCAGGGUCACUUCACUCGGUGGAACAGAUUCAAGCGCGGCUUUCCCGGCCUCGGCAUCGCUACGGUCGCCUUUGCCGCCUACUGCGGCUACGAGCACUUUUUUAUGAGCAGCGACGACCAUGGUCACAGCCACGCUGAGGAGCACCACUAA